AUGCAUUUCACUCUUAAAGAAGAAAAUUAUGUGAUUAUCGAGAAUGGAUCGUGGAGAACAAAAGCGGGAAUUGGUGUUAGCGAUACUAACCAGAGUCCAUCAGUGAUAAUUCUUACAGAAGUUGCCAAGCAGGCUGAAAGUGACUUGGAUAAACAAAAUGAAAAUUUUGGUCAACAGGAGAUCUCUUCUAUUUCUGAUAAUUCCGGUCCAAAUUCACCUGAUAAUACAACUUCGAAAGUAACUGUAAAAGAACCAACUUAUAUAUGUGGAUCUCAAUUAAAGGAACUUAAAGAAAGCAACAACAAUACUGUAUCGUCAUUUCCGAUACAACGUGGGGUGAUAGUUAAUUGGGAAGAAUUAGAAGCUUUAUGGCGUCACAUUAUUUUGAAGGAAUUAAAUAUCAAAAGAGCUCGUAACGAAUGUCCUGUGCUUGUUACAGUUCCUAACAGUUGGACAAAAGAACAUUUUGAACGAAUAGCUCAUAUUUUUUUUGAAACUUUUAAUGCACCUGGACUUUAUAUUGCUAAUCAAGCCCUGAUGACCCUAUAUGGCAUCGGUUGUCUUAGUGGUCUUGUAAUUGAUGUUGGAUAUGGUAAAACUGAAAUUACACCAAUAAUUGAUUGCUCCGUCCAAUAUCACGCUGCUAUAACGAUACCAAUCGCUGGUCAAGAUUUUGAUGAAUAUUUUCUUUCAUUGCUGUUAUCUGACAUCCAAUUCUUAAUGGAAUAUGGUGAAACACCAGAUAUUGAAGUCGCAAGAAUACUCAAAGAGCCUGACAAUACUUGUGAGAUUACAAUUGGCCCUGAACGUUUUCAAGUUGUCGAACCAAUUUUUAACCCUCUUUUAAUGAAAAAGAGGGUAUUCUCUCUUUACCUGAGGCGAUUUAUCAGGCAAUAUCUCAUUGUGAACCAGACAAACGAAAUGUGUUAUGAGAGAAUAUUGCUUUUACUGGUGGAUCAUCUUUUACUUAAAGGCUUCAAAGAUCGUCUUGGAAAAGAAGUAUUUUUCAACUCUCAAGAAAAACCUGAAUUAGCUGGAUAUUUAGGUGCUGCCAUUACAGCUAAA